UCAUGAUUGCUGUUGUGUUGUCGUGUGCAGUCCUGAACCGCGUGUCUCCUGUGCUGGUGCUGGUGGUCCUGAUCUGCUUCGCUCUGCUGAACGUGGUUCUGAUGGCUUGCUGUGUGUAUGGAGUCGUUCUCCGAAGAAGAUAUUCAGGAAAACACUUACUCAUUAAACAACGCAGAACAAUGGAGAUCGCCGUUAAACAUGAAGACGAAAAGGAGGAGGAGGAGGAGGAUAAUUAUCCAUUUGAGGAGAUGUUGGAGGGUUAUGAGGAAGACGUCGUCCUCGCUGACAGAAUGAGUGAUUCUGCUGAGGAUGAAGACGAAUCUGUGGACGAAACUCUCCUGUAUGAAGACGCUGUCUCAAAAUAAUUUCAUGGAUUUUAAUCCGUUAAACCUGACCUGGUUGGUUUCCCACAGACACAAGCAUAUCUUCACUGAUUUGUCACGUGUUAUUCUGACGACGAAGACAAAGGUUUAUUCAAAGCGAGACAAUAGACAAGCACUCAUGGGUCGACAUGACUGACCAAUCAGAAGCGAAGACCAGGCCAGCCAACAAUGUGUCUACUGUCAGAUUCAAACGAGUCUGUGUGGGUUUGUGGAGGGAAGAUCACAAAUAAAUAAAAAUGUAUAUGUUUUGAUAAACCCAACAGCGUUCAUUUUAAUAACAUUAAUAACAGAUUAUUUGUAUGUACUGCAUCACUUUUAUUUGUGUGUGUGUGUGUGUUAGAUUGUGAGUAGCAGUGAACGUCAUCAUUGUGUUUUGAUAUCCCAAUCAAUUGUUUAUUAUUAAACAUUAAACUAACGGAAUGUUUAGUGUCAACUUUAACCGUAUUGGAUUUUCACUCUGUGCGGCGGCGGCGUCGAAAAGUUCGAAUCAUUUUGGCGAGUCGGUUCUUUUGAACAGUUUUUUUGUUGUUAAUAAACCGCUCAUUGCGUUCAUCUGAAUCAUCAAAAAGAGCCGGUUCUGAAGAACGACUCAUUCGCGAAUCUGACUGACACCAGUGUCUGAGGAAGCAGCUGCACCGGUGGUGGUGUGUGUCUGUGUCGGUGUUGUGUUUUCAGCUGUCGGGCGCGCGCACGUGUGUGCGCGUGAGUGUGUGUGUGUGAGUGUGUGUGUUUGUUUCACCGAUGGAGUCGAACAGUGUGGCGUACGGAGCCUCUCUCGCAGGAGCGGGAUUCGAUCUCAUCAAAUUCAUCAAACAGCCUCAAACUAUCAUACGAGUCCUCAGCUGGGUGUUUUCCAUCGUGGUGUUUGCCUCCAUAACCGCUGAAGGUUACGUGAACGCCUCGACUGAAGUCGACGUGAAGUGUGUCUUCAACGGGAACGACGGAGUGUGUCGUUACGGUGUGGGAAUCGGCGUCAUCGCAUUCCUGGCGUGUAUAGGCUUCCUAUUGGCUGAUGCUCUCCUGCCGUCGAUGAGCAGCGCUGAGGAGCGCAAGUACGUCGUGCUGGCCGAUCUGGGCUUCUCAGGUGCCUGGACCUUCCUGUGGUUUGUGUGUUUCUGUCUGACGGCCGAUCAGUGGACGAAGACCCUCGACACCAGCGGCAUCCCCACAGACGGGGCCCACGCCGUCAUCGCCUUCUCCUUCUUCUCCCUCGCGUCCUGGGGGGCGUUGACUUACUUCGCUCUGGUGAGGUUUCGUCAGGGCGUUGGAGACGUGAGCCGGAGAUACGCCGAUCCGCCCACUGACGUCACUUCCCCUUAUGCUCCGCCCACUGACAUCACCCCCCCUUAUGCUCCGCCCACUUACCCGUCCUUCCAGAACACCGGGCCAGACGUGUACCAGCAGCCGCCAUUCAUCCCGAACCCCAACCCGUCCGACCAGAACCGGUACCAGCCGCCCGUCUACUGACAAGCCCCGCCCACAGGCCAACGAAAUUGGCUGGCGGCCAAUAGGAGUCUGACUGUGCUUUUCCAAUGUGGCCGUAAUGUGUAAAUAGUGUUUUGUUCUGUAGACGAGUUGAGAUUUGCACUGAUGAGCUGGAAUAAAGUGAAGCCGAUCCGUCGCUCACACUCCUCCAAUCACGGCAGUGUUUUUGUGAUUUGUUAAUGAGUGGGAAUGUGGCGGAACAUAAAGAUCAUCAGAAACAUGUGAUUGACUGGAGACGCAGCGGUUGUGUGUGUGUGGACCCACGGACACACACUGAUGCUGGUUCAUCUGUCCGGACUGGUGUGUUCUGCUCGUCUGGAAACUGCUCUCUCUGCCACGGGAUAAAACAAUUAUAAAAUCCAAGAUAUCCUCUAUACUAGCUUUCAACGGUUUGAGUCUCUUCUGCUCAAGGCUGCGUUUAUUUGCUUAAAAUACAGUAAAAAAAAAGUCAAAUAUGAUAAAAAUCAUCUGUUCUCUGUGAAUAUCCAGUAAAGUGUAAUUUAUUCCUGAAUUUAUCAUCAUUACUCCAGUCUUCAGUGUCACAUGACCCUUCACAAAUCACUCAAAUAUGAGGGUUUGAUGAUCAAGAUACGUUUAUGAUUAUCAAUAUUAUUUUUGUAGAAACAUACAUUUUAUUUAAGAUUCUUUGAUGACUUGAAAGUUCAAAAGAACAGCAUUUCUGAAAAAUUAUCUUUUGUAACAUUACAUAAAUAUCACUUUUGAUCAAUUUAAUGCAUCCUAGAUGAAUAAAAGUAUAAAAUUCCUUUAAAAAUUAAAUAAAUCUGAAUUUUAGAAAAUAAAAAGUUUUCUAAUUCGUUUUUUGCCGUGGCAGAAAAAAGCUUAGAUGAUAUACAGCAACAUUAAUACAUCAGGAUUGUCAAUUUUGUUAUUAUUUAUUGUGUGUUCACAUGUUUUCAGGUGUUGUCUCUGCAUAACCAGAUUACAGUUAUUUCUAUUGCACUUACUAACAAACACUGGUUGCAUUUCUAAAUUAAAACAAACAAGUCUUUGAUUUAGAAGUGUCUAUUUUAUUAACAUGCAUCUGUUGAAUUAAAACUUCAUGUACCAAAUUCCUAGUGAGCAGAAAAUGAUUAAUGUAAAAAGAAAAAUGUUUUAAUGAUAAUAAACAUCACUUCCAUGGCA